AUGCGGCAACGUCAGUGGUUAGAGUUAAUUAAAGACUACGAUUUACAGAUCCAUUAUCAUCCUGGUAAGGCCAACACGGUUGCAGAUGCUCUUAGUCGAAAAAAUAUGGGAGAUUUGGCCAACCUGUUUACGGAGCAAAAGGAAUUGGUAAGUGAAUUGGAUAAAAUGAGUGUGGAGUUUAAGAUACAUGGACAGGAAACAGUACUAGCAGCAGUAAUGGCUCAACCGACUUUACUUGAAGAGAUCAAGUCACAUCAAAUGGAGGAUGACAUUCUAAAGAAGGUAUGUGAUGAGUUAGAGACAAAACCAAAAUCGUGGUUCAGUUUAGUGGAUUCGAUACUCAAAUUUCAAAAUCGAAUAUGUGUCCCCAAUGUGUUGGAACUUAAAUGGAAAUUGAUGGAAGAAACACACGCCUCAAGAUUUUCCAUGCAUCCGGGAAAAUGGGCACCUAAAUACUUGGCCAAAAAGCAAAGUCGGUGCUUUGAUGAUAAGAUGAUGCAGUUAAAUAUCUCAACUUGUUCUUCUGCAGCUCUAAGAGGAUUAGAAUUAAAAACUGGUUUAUUUGCCUUUCAACAAAUUAAAGCUGCCACUAACAACUUUGAUGACAACAACAAAAUUGGGGAAGGUGGUUUUAGAUCUGUUUAUAAGGGUAUACUAUUAGAUGGUACUGUAAUUGCAGUUAAGCAACUUUCUUCAAAAUCAAAGCAAGGAAAUCGUGAAUUUGUUAAUGAGAUUGGCACGAUCUUGGGUUUACAGCAUCCAAAUUUAGUAAGAUUGUACGGAUGUUGUAUUGAAGGGAAUCAACUACUCCUGGUAUAUGAAUACAUGGAAAAUAAUAGUCUUGCCCGAGCUUUGUUUGGGGAGUGCCAAUUGAAAUUGGAUUGGCCUACCAGGCUAAGUAUUUGUAUUGGCAUUGCAAGAGGUUUGGCAUUCCUUUAAGAGGAAUCAAGACUGAAAAUAGUUCAUAGGGACAUCAAGGCUACCAACGUACUACUUGAUGGAAAUCUUAACCCUAAGAUCUCUGACUUUGGUUUGGCUAAGCUUACUGAAGAUGAGAAUACCCACAUUAGCACCAGGAUUGCUGGAACUAUGUAAGCUUCCAAAUUUUCUCCUUCAUUAAUGCAGAUUGACACUGUCCCAUGCUUUCAGAAGUAAUUAUAUCUAAAGAUUCCAACUUAGAACUAGCUAUAAAUCCAUUAUUACAUUUCCUGUCAGCCAUAAAUCACUACCAUGUAAUAAUGUACCUCUUCAAUGUAGCUUAUUUGAGCUACUUAUAGCUUUUUUAAUUUGAAAAUUUGUGCCAAAAUGUUUAUUGUAACUUCUGCUUAUAGUUUAUGAGAUAGAAAUAACUUAAAUAAGCUGAAAAUUUUGAUUAUUUGAAAGCUGAGAUAAAGGUGCUUUUAACUUUAGUUUUUAAUUUUUAGCUUUUAGCUUGAGCGAAGUUGCACCAAACAUGCACGUAGCGUUGACUAAAAUUACAAAGGUUGAAUUGGUUCCCUGAAAGUGUUCAACAGGACGGCCACGUUUUUAUUAUGCACCUCUGCAUCUAGCAUUGGGU